AUGGGGCUGGCUGGAAGGGAAAACUACGGCGAUGCGGCAGUAGAUUUUGUGGAAUUAAAACGAGAAGGAAAUAUUUGCAGAGUUAAAGCUAUCAUUUUUCCGGAGCACAAAGUUUAUAACAAAGGCUAUAAUGUAGAUGCAGACAUUGAUGAGAAAAAAGAGAAAAUAUUACAAGUUUUGUGUCACGACUGUGUAGCUUCAUUGGGUGGUUGUAAACAUACAGUUGCAUUCCUCAUGUGGCUACAUCGCAGGAGCGAGGAUCCCUCUCCAACUGAGGUCGAAUGUAAUUGGAAGAAAUAAGCUCUUUCCAUAGUGGGAACUUCUAUUAAGUAUAUCAAAGCUGAGGAAAUUGGAGCAAAAAUUCCUCCUGUAGAAAAUGUUCUACCCACCUUCCGAGACAGAUUUCUACAGCACUGCCAAAAAGAUAAAGUGUAUUGCUUAAUUGCGAAGCAUCUCACACCAUAUUUCUAUAAUGAAGUAUGCUUGCAUGACUUGAUGUGCUUUUAUAAGCGAGAUAAUUCAACAAAAUAUAAUGCUGAUGAGUUUUUGUUGUUUUGCUCGGAUAAAAUGACAGAAAAACUGUGCACAGAUGCCGAAGAAAAUACGAAAGAGCAAAGUGAUGAAUGUCUAUGGCACACUCUAAGACAGUUCAGAGUAACGGCUUCCAAAAUUUCGGAAACGUCGAAAUGUAAUACUCCUGAAGGAGUAUUAAAAGAAAGCAUUUUUGGGGCUCAAAUGUAUGAUUCAGUAUAUAUGGAGCGAGGAAGACUACUGGAGAAAGAGAUUAUAAAAGAAUUAGAAACGGAGUAUGAAACUAAAAUUAAAAAGGUCGGUUUAAUGUUAUCUUCUAGUCUACCAGCACUUGGUGCUUCACCUGAUGGAAUCAGCGAGGAGUUUGUGGUUGAAAUAAAGUGCCCAGCGAAGGUCUCUACUGUUAAGAAUUACAUAUCCUUGAAAGGAGACGUUGUUAAAAAGUACUAGGCUCAAACACAAAUGCAAAUGCAUUUCUGUAAAAGACAAAAAGGAGUUUUUGCUUUUGCGUCAACGAAUUUUGAAUCAGACCACAAAACGCAAAUCGUUGUAGUAACCUACGAUAAGAAAUUUUGU